AUGAAAAGACAAAAAGCUUCUAUUCCUAACCGUAGAUCUUUAAUGGCGAAAAUUCCCUGUCACUACCUUCCAAAGCGACUAAUAGUAAUUGGGUUAUGCGCUUUUGCACUUCUAAUUAGCUAUGCAGAUCGUACCAAUUUGGCCGUAGGGAUAGUGUAUAUGUCUAAAGAAUUUAACUGGGAUUCAACUACCGAAGGUGCGGUACUGUCCGCCUUUUUCUUUGGAUAUUUUAUGACGCAGGUUAUUGGCGGCGCAUUAGCAGAUAAAUUUGGAGGGAAAAUAGUUCUCGGAACGGCGGCUUUCUGUUGGAGUGCUUUUACAUUCCUCACACCCCCCGCAGCAAAGCAUGGACUAUAUACCUUGUUAUUAUGUCGUGUCUUAUUGGGAGUUGGUGAAGGGGCGGCAUUCCCGAGUAUUCAUUCGAUUAUUUCUUUGUGGGCUCCAAUAUCAGAGCGUUCUCGCAUGGUAGGAAUAACUACUUCGAUAGGAUACUUUGGCAGUGUAAUUGCGCUACCUGCUUCUACAUGGCUAGGCUCAGGUCCCGGUGGCUGGGAAAGCAUAUUCUAUUUUUUUGGCGCAUUAGGUGGUGUAUGGUUGAUUCUUUGGGUGAUCUUUGCUCAAAGUAGUCCAGCGGAAUAUCAAGGAAUUACUAUAGAAGAAUAUAAUUGGAUAAAUGGAAACUCAUCAGUGCAACCGACAAGAUAUCAGCAACUGGAAGAAAAUCAGACGGGGAUUGAUAUUGAAGAUGUAAAUAUGGAUUCUAAUGAUAUAAUAGUAGCCGCUGGUAGUAUUAGUGGAUCAAUUAAGGGUGAAGACGAAGAGGAAUCGGAAGAGUUAGUAAUAGAAGAAACGAGCAACACAUUGCCAUCGUCAUUUAAGAAACGUCAAUACGAGACUAAAAAUAUUCCGUGGAAUCGCAUUCUAAAGCAUCGUGAGGUUUGGGCUAUCUUAAUUGCCCAGUUCUGCAACUCUCUUGGAUACUUUGUCAUUCUUACCUGGUUACCCACUUUCUUUAACGAUCAUUUCAAUGUUGAUGUUAAGAAAUUGGGAUAUUUUGCGGUACUACCUUAUAUUGUUCAAGGCGUGACCGGAUGUUUUGUGGGUGUUAUCGGCGAUUUUGCUAUUAAUAAAAUUGGUUUGAGAAUAAUCACGCUACGACGAUUCGCACAGUUAAUUGGAAGCAUGGGAAUGGCUGUUUUUAUGUUAUUGGCUACAUUCCAAGCGACUACUAUAGCACAAGGCGUCUUUUAUAUCGCAUGUGGUAUGGGUUUAAAUACGUUUACGCUUGUAGGGGUGGUAAUGUCCCAGCUUGAUAUUGCGCCACGUUACGCCGGUACCAUCUUUAGCCUUGGCAACACAGUGGCUACCAUUCCUGGAUUUUUUGGCGUUGCACUGACUGGCUGGAUACUAGAUAUCACCGGUCAUAAUUGGGGUAUCAUUUGGUCGAUUUGUGCACUUUUUUAUGUGGUUGGCGGAUGUUCGUUCUCCUUGUGGGCUGGUGGAGAAGUAGUGAUCGACUAG